AAAAACAAACAUCGUACAGACCGUAGUCUUUGUUACGGCACUUACCCUAGCAAGCCUUAAAAUCUUCCUCGGGGCUUACUAGCGCCGGAACCCGGCAACCGUAAAACCACUUUCUUACAUAUUCCUCCUUUCUCCAUUUUCCGCUUUCUUUACUUUUCUUCUCUCUGAAAAUCAGAAAAGGUGCAGAAACUUUCUCUCUCUUCUUUCUUCUCUCUUCCACCUGAAAACUCCAUGUUCAUUUCAUCCGCCUGAGAAAAAUUCCUCCGAUUAUCGUAUCCUAGGGUUUCAAUUUCGGAAUCAUCGUUGAUUUGCGCAGUUUAGGAGAGAGAAAAAAUGGCGUCGGAAGAUGUGAAGCAACGAGGCGAAGCUGCUGCUGUUUCGACAUUCGUCAAUUUGGCCGGAGAAGCUAAGGCUGCUACUGAAGGCGUUAAGUCUCCUCGUCAUGCUUUGCUUAGCAUUUCCAAAUCUCUCGCUGCUGGUGGAAUCGCUGGCGGAGUAUCACGAACAGCAGUUGCUCCUCUAGAACGUUUGAAAAUUUUGCUGCAGGUUCAAAAUCCUCACAGCAUCAAAUACAACGGAACAGUUCAGGGUUUAAAAUAUAUCUGGCAGACUGAAGGAUUCCGUGGGCUGUUCAAAGGCAAUGGAACUAACUGUGCUCGUAUAGUUCCAAAUUCAGCAGUCAAGUUCUUUAGCUAUGAGCAGGCAUCCAAGGGAAUUCUGUGGCUUUAUCAGCAGCAAACUGGAAAUGAGAAUGCUGAACUGACUCCUGUUUUACGUCUUGGAGCGGGAGCAUGUGCUGGAAUCAUUGCCAUGUCCGCAACUUACCCAAUGGAUAUGGUACGAGGCCGGUUGACUGUUCAGACUGCUAAAUCUCCUCAGCAGUAUAGGGGGAUAUAUCAUGCUCUCACAACUGUUCUGCGUGAAGAGGGUUUCCGGGCCUUGUACAAAGGGUGGCUCCCUUCUGUUAUUGGUGUGGUUCCAUAUGUGGGUCUCAAUUUUGCUGUAUACGAAUCUCUGAAAGACUGGCUGAUCAAAGAAAAAACAUUUGGGCUUGUUCAAGACAAUGAGUUGGGUGUAACAACGAGGCUUGCAUGUGGUGCUGUUGCUGGGACUAUUGGCCAGACUGUUGCUUAUCCUCUUGACGUGGUACGCCGAAGAAUGCAGAUGGUCGGCUGGAAAGAUGCAUCUACAGUUGUCACUGGUGAUGGGAAAAAGAUUGCACUCGAGUAUACAGGUAUGGUUGAUGCCUUCAGGAAGACAGUUCGAUACGAGGGUUUUCGAGCCUUGUACAAGGGUUUAGUUCCAAAUUCUGUAAAGGUGGUUCCAUCCAUUUCAAUUGCAUUUGUCACAUAUGAAGUUGUGAAAGAUUUACUUGGAGUGGAGAUGAGAAUUUCAGACUGAAGCGAUUGAAAGUUGGAACUUUUAAUUUCUGAAUUAGGGUUUGGGUGCUCACAGUAAAGGUAAAUUCUGAGGGAAUAAUUCUUUUGCGGUUCACGAUUAUUUUCGAAAGCCGUACUUGUGGCUGCAGAUGCUGGUAUCUGCAUCAAGUGAUCAUCUUAAUUUCCCUUUUGAUUUUGCCCUUUUUAUUUAUUUGGUAUUUCUAAUAAGAAAUAGCUUGUAAUAUCCUAGAUUUCCUAGGAGAUUGAUAAAACCCUUUUAUCAAUAAUUUUAUAGAUCGAUCUAUCUUACCGACGCUCAUUUACUGUAUUGUUGCCCAUAAUUUUUAUUUUUUGCUGAAUCAAAUAAUGGUACAAAUUGGUACUAAUGGACUUUCUCUUGUAUGAGAAACCACAUUCGGCAUUUGUAAAAUUAGUGAUUUGCGAGCUGCAUAAUAAUAAAUCAUUUGAUA